AUGGCAGCUGAGGUCAUCAGUCCCGACAAGCUCCUGGAGAAGAGCUCCAUGGAGUUGAGAGGUGUUCAGACCUACCCUGGAGAAGAGCUCAAUGGAGCUGAGGUGGUGCGGCGGCGUGUGGUGAGGUCAAGACUGGUGAGGUCACUGCUGGCGGUGCUCGGUGGUCCUCAAGCCUUCAAGGUCGUCUUGGUGACCCGACUCACACCAAUACCCUUUGGUCUGCAGAAUGCUGUCUUUGCUGGUAAUCUAUCAGGGAAGGGAAGAUACAUGAUGUGGACGGUACUUGGUCUGCUGCCCACCCAGGUACUGAACUGUUACCUGGGUACCACUGUCAGGAACCUGGACGACGUUGUCAGCCAGUCAGCCUCCGCCAGUGUUACCGGUUGGGGGGUGUUUGCUGUCCAGAUCGCUAUCAGCAUUGGUCUGAUGACGUGGGUGGUUAGACGUGCCAAGACCGAACUACACAAGACCGUGAAUGCCCAGCUGUCAGACACCCAGCCCACCUUGGCCUCGCCCACCCACACUUCCACGCCCACCAGCUCACCCACCACGCCCACUCACACCACCAGUGUGACGUCCAACGACAACCUUCAAGUUGCAGGUUGGAGCUCUAGUCUGGGUAUAAUGAAGAUACCUACCCGCCAUGGUCGUGGUGGAGCUCUAGCUCUGGGUACUAAUGAGAUACAUCCCGUUAUGGUCGUGGUGGAGCUCUAG